AUGGAAAAAAUGCAGAUUUAUUCGAAGACAUGGAAUUUUCCAAAUUGUGUUGGUGCUAUAGAUGGGAAACAUGUAGUGAUAAUGGCUCUUAUAAAUAGUGGUAGUGAAUAUAUAAAUUACAAGGGAACAUUUAGUAUAGUACUAAUGGCUUUGUGUGAUGCGGAUUACAAUGUAAUAUACAGUAAUAUUGGCUCACAAGGACGAAUAUCAGAUGGAGGUGUAUUCAAUAAUUGUUCUUUGUAUGAGGCGUUGGAAAAUAAGACCUUAAAUCUACCUUCGGACAAACCAUUGCCAAUGAGAGCAAAGCCUGUGCCCUAUGUUAUUGUUGGCGACAACGCAUUCCCUUUAAAAGAUUACCUAAUGGUUCCAGAUGGUGGAAAUCAUGACAAUAACACACCAGAGCGUAUAUUCAACUAUAGACUAUCUAGAGCCCGCAGAAUAAUUGAAAAUGUAUUUGGAAUUAUGUCUGCAGUAUUUCGAGUUUUACGAAAACCCAUUUUAUUAAAUCAAGAUAAAGCUCGAUUGAUUACGGAAUGCUGUGUAUUGCUACAUAAUUUUCUAAGAAGCAGAAACUCGAGAAAUAUGUACACACCUCCGGGUACAUUUGAUAGAGAAGAAAAUGGAACAAUUGUCACUGGUUCUUGGAGGAAUGAAACAACCACAAACAUCACUUCUGUCACUACAAAGAAGGGGCAGAAGAACAUGCUCAGACGUGAAGAAAAUUCGCGACGAAUUUUCUGAAUAUUUCGUUACAAACGGCAAAUUUCCGUGGCAGGACAAGUACCAAUAAUGAUAUAGAAAUUAUAAUUUAGAAAGAAGUAGCAAUAAUUUUUUUUUUAAAUACAUGUACUUACCAUUGUGUCUGUUACUCCAUGCGGUGUAUAAACAUCUUUCAUAAAUUUAUUGAGCGCUUCAAAAGCAAACCAAACUGGUUUGUAAACAUCGCUUGUUCCGGAUCCUGACUUUAUACUAUUCUUUACUUUCCGACAACACUUUGCAACAAAUGUUCAUACUUCUUUGUAAUUUCUUCGGGAGUCACUCCAAACUUUUUUCCCAACGAUUUAAAGGCAUCACUUUUUUUAUUUCUAUUUUUUUUGUCUUUGUCUUUCGGGUCCCACAAAUGACGUCGGUGUUCGAUUUCAUAAAUUAAAUCCAGCACAAGUUCAUCAGACCACUGGAAUUCUCUGGCCAUUGCUUUUAAUUAUUAAACCACAUGUAAACAUAACCUAUAAUACACAAUAAUAAUACAGAAAUACACCCUCGUGAUCAUGGCCUUGGGCACACGAAUUAACGCGCAUCGUCUGUAGCGGCUCCCUGAACGUCAACGAGUCAGCAGUUCGUGGUGAUUCGCAGCCUUUGAUUUCGUCGAUGUACCGCUCUCAAGAGCGAAUCACUGCGAACCCUUGCGAACUCGGUUCAGGAAUCGAUUUUUAACGAACCAAAUCCCUACACACGAUGCGCGAAUUAACGAAUCGCGCAUAACGAAUCACGAACUGCGCAUCAUCUGUAGCGAGCAUUACUAUGCACACGCGAAUCAUGUUGUUUACGAAUCGAUUUUUAACGAACAAGUCCCUACACACUAUUCGUGAACUACCCGCGAAUUACGCAUCGUGCAUCACGAAUCGCGAAUACAUGCAUAGUCUGUAGCCAGCUUUAGAAGUCUGAAUUAUAUAAAAUGUUUUUCUUUCACUUUGUGUCGCAGCAAAACAAUACAGGUUAUCACGGUUCGUUACUGGGCAGGUACUGUAGGUUAAGGGCUCUCCUUGAUCGGCACAUCAUGGAGACGUCGCCAAUGAUACAUCCAUGGUGACUUCUGGAACCGAAGUCGCCAGAUGGAGUUUCAUCCUGCUGCUAUACGCUCUCGCAGUGGUCGAUUCCGGUAAUAGAUGGUGCUUUGCGCUUCGAUAGAGCGAUGGCACAAUUGACACUUUGAAAUGCAUUGCCUAUCAACGUACACCAUUGGUGAUUCUGUUGGUUUCUCAGAGCCGUGUAGAUACGUUUUCAAAUUAGCGACAUAGCCAAGGCGGUUCGGUGAGGGAGGGCUCUGAAGUUAGUAUUUUCUUGCAUUAGCAAAUGUAACUAUGUAUGUGAUGCAAAUGAUGAGGACAACUGACAUAUUGAUGAGUGAUCAGCGAUUUUGGUCAAAAGCCACAAUUCAUCAUAUCUCUGUGUGGUUAAGCUUGGAAAUGUCCGACCCACCCGGCCAAAUAUUAAUUUUAUUUUGAAAUCAUCGCAUACUUUGCUUUUGUGUUCGUAGAUGAUCUAUUGUAGUGACUUUUAUGGGUGCAAUGCAUCAGUCACAGUGCUGUUUCUCAUUCAGCAAGACUGCCAAAAAUACAUUUCAAAUGUACGUUGUGGUCUUCAUGAGUAUUUGAAUUUACUCCAAAAACUUACUGAUUCUUUAGAUUUUAAGGGUGUUUCAGAAGUAAAAAUCGAUCUUGCAUGACUGUGUGUCUGUUAACAGUGAAUUUGUAGUAAUAAGUAAAAACAAAGUUUCAUUUGAAUGGAAGACACUGCUGAAUUGAUCGCUUAUGUAUAUAACUACGCAAACCUGCAAACAGGUUUUGAUAAAUUGAUGUAAAAAUAUACUAAACAAAUGUAAAUAGUAUCUUUCAAAGAUCUUGAUCUAAAAAGCCUAUCCAUAAAAUUUUCUCUAUUAGGUAGUUAAAGAGUAGGUUUUAUUGAUAAGUUUUAAUAUAUUUUUUUGUAAAUAUAUAAUAGGAUAGUAUUCCAAUUUUGUAGGAACAGUUUGAUAAUUAUCUUCUUAUAAACGUGGAAUAAUCUCUGGUCAAGUCUUGAGCUACAAGUUUGUAUUGUAUUUAUUUUAGGAUAUUUCUUAGUCAUCAUAUGGCGAUAGUGUAUCCACACCUUGAGCUAUAUUUACGUGAUUAUUAUUUCUUGGGUCGGUUUUGUGUCCAAUUACAUAUGUUGAAUAAAUGUAUGAAAUAAA